AUGCAGUUUCAUGUCCUUGGUUUAGGACCCAUUGGCUCUCUAUUAUCAUAUCACUUGCGCCGCAGCCUCCCACCUUCGCACUCUGUCUCUCUCAUCUACAAAAAUAUUACCCAAGCCCAAGAUGCCACCGCGCGAGGUGGUAUCCUGCAUGUUGACCGGAAUGCUAUUGUCACCAACGCGAGUGGGUUCAAAUUGGAGGCUUCUAUAAACCCCUCAAUUGCAGAAGGGGAGCCAAAUGACGUUGUCAGGAAUCAAGACUUGGGGGCAGAUUCAGAUCAAAUACACUCUCUUUUCAUCACGACGAAGGCGCAUCAGACCUUGCCCGCGAUUCGACAGCUUCUGCCGAGGCUAUCAGCGAACUCAACAAUUGUUCUGCUACAGAACGGCAUGGGUAUCUAUGAAGAGCUCAUUAGCGAAAUAUUCCGCAAUCCAGAACACCGUCCGCAUUUUAUCCUAACUUCCAACACACAUGGCGCAUUUUUGAGAAAGCCAAAUCACGUCGUGCACACGGGUCUGGGUUCCAUAGAAUUUGCUAUUGUUCCGGAUCCCGGCGGGAAGAACUUUGAGAAAGGCUUCGAGGAAUCCUCUCCAGCGCGCUCUCCCCAACCCCGCCUCUCAGAUAUAACAUCGCCUGGUCACCCAGAAUUUACACGUUACGAGAGCCUACGGGCCACCGUUGCCGCUCUACUCCUUUUGAAGCUGCUUGAUGUUUCUUGGCAACCCAUGUCUCAACUGCAGUUAGCGCUGCGUAGAAAACUUGCUGUCAAUGCAGUCAUAAAUCCAUUGACGGCCAUUAUCGGUUGUCGUAAUGGUGAUAUAUUUUCAAGUCCAUCAUCUGAUCUCAUUUUAGACAAUGUCUGCCGCGAGGCUUCCGAUGCUUAUGAGGCCCAAGUCUCGUCAGAGACCAAGGAGUGGUUGCAGGGACUUUCAAUACAGGGGAUAAAUGUAGAAAAUGUGAUGGUUCCCCGUUUUCCUCUAUCCUUGACCCAAGCCCGUCUAAAAUGGGAGGUCUUACGCGUCGCAAAGCUCACAAAAAAGAACAAAUCCUCUAUGCUGGACGAUAUCCUACGUGGACGAGCGACAGAAAUCAAGUAUAUCAACGGAUACUUGUUGAAGCUGGGCAAUAUAUAUCAAAUUCCCAUGCCUACAAACGAAAUGCUCAAAAACCUAGUCGAAUUGCGCAGCGAUAUACCUUUGGAUCAGGGUUUAUGA